GCUGCAACAUUAACCUUAGGAACCAGUUUUUCCAUAUGUUGACUUCAGUCCUUGAUAAAAUAAGAAUUUUAUGAUGAAAAAUAAAAAAAAUGUGUUUAACCAAAGCUAACAAAAGUGUGGAUCUAUUCAUUUAUUCAUAUCUUUUAUGUAACUAAAUGUGUCGAUUUAUAAAAAUAAAAACUGUCUACGACGUUAGUUUGACUAAUCCGCCGAACACCUUGAGUCAUCGGGAACAUGCGCCCUAUCUGGAACCUAAGAGGCUCUUCGGUAUAAAUCUGAUUUUCCUCCAGAUUCCCCUUUAGAGCUCAACCGAUUCGUUCCAGUUAAAAUAACGGUGACCGAAAACUUUUUACUAUUUUCAAUAAAUAAUGUAAGCGCUAUGUGGUCAAUGCGCCCAAGUAAGUUCUUCUUUGUGCUGAUUAGUGCUUUCAGUUUAGGACAAUUCGCCACAUGCUCUAAAUAUGACAACCAGAUUUUCAAUAUUUCCCUUAAUGGAGACAGUUCCAUUUCCCUGCACUGGAUGAUCGACUAUCAGCAAAAAGUUCUGAGUUUCGAAAUUCAUCUACCCGAUAAGUUUGGAUGGUUUGCUUUCGGGUUUUCUGAUCGAGGAGACAGCUUUCCUGCGGAUUAUUGUCUAUUAUGGGAAAGUUCUUCUUGGAAAAAUAGUAAAAAAUUUGACUUAAAGGAUGUUUGGGCUAACGAUGCAGGAGUUAUAGAGCUGGACAGACACCAAGAUUGCAACAAUUUUCGCUUUAAAAUUAUUAGAAAUGUUGUGAAAUUUACCUUCAAGAGAAAAUUUGAUACUUGCGAUAAUCGAGAUUACAUAAUUCAGGAUGGAACCACUCAUAUUGUAUGGUCCAGAGGACUGGAACACAUUGUCGCUCCCAAUGGGCUCAACAUCAGCACCACAAUCCGCGAAAACUUCGGCAUGAUUCGAGUGAACUUACUGAAAAAUCUAAAAGCCCAUUCACAGCUACCUUCACACGUACAAGUUCUGGAUCUGCUAACAGACAAAGUCCAGGUACCCAAUGAGGAAACCACUUAUUGGUGCAAAGUUUUCAAAUUGCCUGAAAGCUUUAGGCGAAAACAUCACAUUUAUCAAUACGAGGCCAACAUUGAAAGCACCAGCCAAGGGUUGGUGCAUCACAUGGAAAUUUUCCAUUGCGAAACUAGUGCUAUGGAGAAAAUUCCUUUGUACAAUGGAAACUGCUUUGGAGAAGAUCGCCCAGAGAAAACGCAAGUUUGCAAAAGGGUCUUGGCUGCAUGGGCUAUGGGCGCACAACCAUUCACUUAUCCAGAGGAAGCAGCGCUUCCACUCGGAGGCAACAAGUUCAAUCCUUACGUAAUGCUGGAAAUCCAUUACAAUAAUCCUGAACUCAAGUCUGGUGUGAUCGACAGCUCAGGAGUUCGCUUCUACGUCUCCGAUAAGCUCAAAGAAAUGGAUGCAGGAGUAAUCGAGCUCGGAUUGGAGUACACUGAUAAAAUGGCAAUUCCCCCCGGACAAGAAUCGUUUUCCCUUACAGGGUAUUGCAUAAGUUCUUGCACGUCUGUUGGUUUGCACAAUGAAGGCAUCACCGUUUUCGGUUCUCAACUUCACACCCAUUUAACAGGCGUUCGGGUGCACACUCGCCACUUUGAUGCUUAUGGAAAGGAAUUGCCGGAACUGGAUAGAGACAACCAUUACAGUACGCAUUUCCARGAAAUCAGGCGCUUGAAACGGCCUGUGAAAGUUUUACCAGUAAGUUGCGAAAUAACGGAAUAUAAAUGSUAGGAGAGUUGC